UGAAGCGGGGCCGAGGAGGAGGUGAAGAGCCUGGGUACUCGCAGGCGGCGGCAGCCGGCUUAAAAGCCCCGGUGCAGGCAGGCUUCCCCGCGAGAGGAUUUGAGUUGGUCGAAAUGAGCAAUCGUAAAACAAAGAGCAAUAGCACAAUACAUGCAGAGUGUCUAUCAGAGGUACAAAGAAUUUUUCGUGAAAGAUUUUGUCAUCAGAGUCCACAUAGUAACCUAUUUGGAGUGAAUCUACAAUACAAGCAUUUACUUGACCUCCUCAAAAGAACUGUUAUCAAUGGAGAAAGUAACUCUGUACUCAUUGUUGGGCCACGAGGAUCAGGAAAGACCAUGUUAAUAAAUCAUGCUUUGAAAGAACUCAUGGAAAUAAGAGAAGUGAGUGAAAAUGUGUUACAAGUUCACCUAAAUGGACUGCUGCAGAUAAAUGACAAAAUUGCUUUGAAAGAGAUCACAAGGCAAUUAAAUCUAGAAAAUGUAGUUGGAGAUAAAGUUUUUGGAAGCUUUGCUGAAAACCUUUCAUUUCUUCUGGAAGCUUUAAAAAAAGGUGACCGGGCUAGCAGUUGCCCAGUGAUCUUCAUACUGGAUGAAUUUGAUCUUUUUGCUCAUCAGAAAAACCAGACACUCCUUUAUAAUCUGUUUGACAUUUCUCAGUCUGCACAGACGCCAGUAGCGGUUAUUGGUCUUACAUGUAGAUUGGAUAUUUUGGAACUCUUAGAAAAAAGAGUGAAGUCACGGUUUUCUCACCGGCAGAUACAUUUAAUGAAUUCAUUUGGUUUUCCACAAUAUAUAAAAAUAUUUAAAGAACAAUUAUCUCUACCUGCAGAAUUCCCAGAUAAAGCUUUUGCUGAGAGGUGGAAUGAGAAUACUCAGUGUCUCUCAGAAGACUCAACUGUGUGUGAAGUUCUACAGAAACAUUUCAAUGUCAACAAAAACUUACGGUCAUUACAUAUGCUAUUGAUGCUUGCUUUAAAUCGAGUAACAGUAUCACACCCAUUUAUGACGAUGGAGGCACAGCAUUUGUGUAGCUUGGAUUCUAAAGCAAGUAUUGUACAUGGUCUAUCAGUCUUGGAAAUCUGUCUUAUAAUAGCAAUGAAACAUUUAAAUGACAUCUAUGAAGAAGAGCCCUUUAAUUUUCAAAUGGUCUAUAAUGAGUUUCAGAAAUUUAUUCAAAGAAAGGCUCAUUCUGUUUAUAACUUUGAGAAACCUGUGGUCAUGAAGGCAUUUGAGCAUUUACAACAGUUGGAAUUAAUAAAACCCAUGGAAAGAACUUCAGUGAAUUCACAGAGAGAAUACCAGCUAGUGAAACUACUUUUGGAUAAUACUCAAAUUAUGAAUGCUCUACAGAAGUACUCCAACUGCCCUACAGAUGUCAGACAGUGGGCAACAUCCUCACUAAGCUGGCUUUGAACAUUUUAAGUAUAUUUCUGUAAAGACCUAAAAGCUACUGCCCUUCAACAAGAUAUGUUAUUACAUUCCUU